GGCAGUGAACUGGCUUCUUCUGGGCGACCAGUCCUUGUUUUAUCCCCAUAUUGCUGAGACGCUCAGGCAGUGUACUGGCUUCUUCUGGGCGACCAGUCCUUGUUUUAUCCCCAUAUUGCUGAGACGCUCAGGCAGUGAACUGGCUUCUUCUGGGCGACCAGAGCUUGUUUUGUUCUACUCGGAGGGCCCACUUCAAUCCAUUCGGCCAGGGAGGCGGUCGAAAGUUCCACAAAAAAGAAAAAGCAACUUUCAGUGUUAAAUUAUCUGUGCAGACAUAACCAAGAGUUCAUAAAGCAAAAAUCUCUGACACUGCAACAUAUACAUCUUUUGUGUACGUGUGUCCGGGGAGAAGGGAUAUGAGUGUGGGACUCGCGCCUUUGUAUAUAUAAUGAAAACAUUGGCUGUGGCUUCAGCCAUGAAACGUAUCUCCAUUUCUUUAGAAUCAGACAGAAUGCGUAUGGUAUUUUUUUGGUAUUGUUCUGGUACUGUUUAGUUGUGUUCAAAGAAUAGCCCACUUCCCAGUACACACCCCAUCUCCUAUGGGGCGAGUGCCUCUGUCUGGGGAGAGUGCGGGACAUAGCCCAGAACUCCAUGGAUCAGUGUGUCAAGGGCUGGUUUCCAAGGACACUCUUGCCACAAUUUGGACAUUGUUGGUUUUCACUGAUCAUCUGUGUCUAGUUUUGCGUGACAUUUGUGUUGUAUGGUGCUGCCGCAGGAACGUGUGGCAGUGGAGAAGGUCGACUUGUCAGUUCGGAGUGGUCACAGACAGCAUACGUUAAAGCAAACACAAAACACCUUGAUAGCGGAGGACUGUGUUUCUCACGCUGCGGUGUGUACAUAAUUAGACGCUGGUAGACACUGGAUGUGUUACCAUCAGCCAACUGAUUGAAGGCUUACAAAGGCUUGUAUUGGCGCCAACUGCACAUGUUUGCCGUUAGGGAAGUUUACUCACUUUCCACGAUCAGCAACAAGUCCCGUGCCAACACAGACAGCACAGCCCUGCAUCGACCUAUUAUCAUUUGUGAUUUAUAAGCUGUAGAUACAAAGGUAUUAUCUUGUGUGUAUAAGACCAUUCAGUAGAAAUCUGCGACACUAAGGUAUAAUCUGUCCAGGCCAUAUGGUAUAAUGUCAUCUGUCUCACAGGGGCUUGUAACGCAAUCAUUCCUAGUUUCACUGGGCCUGAGAAAAACGUAUGCUCACCUGAGAACAAUGGGAUGACAAUGAGUGGUUUCACCGACCUAUUACAGACGCAUCAGACACUGUCGACAUCGGUGUAGUAAAACUGGGCAUUGGUAGAUGCGUUGUUGUUUACUUGGUAACCGCUGGUAGCAGUACAAAGGUGUUAAUGUCUGCUUCCCCUUAGUUCGUGUCACUCGCAGUCUCGCUAGGGAUUAUUUCCACACUUCAACAUGGACUUUCAUGCCGGCCAAAUUCUGAAGGGGUGGCCAUAGGUGGCGACAUGCAGAAAGACAAACCGUAGUGACUCGCACGCCAGAUUACAGCCGUAUAUUCCUUUAUCCAAGAACAGUAACCAUCUGGAACAGGUUGGUCGUGUAUUUGUCAUUCGCUCCACUCAUCAGAGAGGAAUGUAUUUUUGGGUGAAUACAAUGGUUUCUCUAUGCUGUGGUGUACAUGCGGAAAGAAACCAGCAAUGCAAUUGGGUAUUUCCUACACCUUCUGCAACCACUGAAAAGAAACCAAGUCCGUUCGCCGUCCUCUCUCAACUUUUGCUACCAUUUGCAUUUGGUUCCUGGCACCAUCUUUUCCCCAUCCACCGCCCCACUCCUCACUCCCAUAGUAGGUUAAAUUUCGUCGGGGCAGGACAGAAAGGAUCAUGUACCAUGUACAACACACGCUGGGUAUCGACAGACUGAUAGCAUGCAUCUAUGGGUAACGUAUAUUUUGGCACUGCAAUCAAAUACGGCGUCCUGAGUUAUGUCAUGUAAACUGACGUACAAAAGAAAGUACCCACCUGGUGCUUUUUGGAUACAUUUUCCGAACAUCACUUAGAAAGUGUUUUAAGUCUUUUGUUUGAGACAUACAAGCCUCAAACAUUGUGUACACGUCAAAACACCACGGACAUCGUAUCUAAAUGCAGCGUUUCCAGCGACGAUUCAACGUAGACGAUUCAGUCGAUGUUGACAGGUUCACGACGCGCGAUGAAAUGGUCGACAGGCUCGGACGCCGACAGCACGCAGUCGUCUCAUCACCCUGUCCAUGCUGAUGCGGUGACACAGUGCUGUUGACGCUGUUGACGUCGACGUGACUGACAGAUUCCGGUUACGCAGAUGGAGAAUGCGCAGGUCAUGUUACUGGGUGGUCACUCUCGGUCCUCCAGCUCUGGGAUUGUCAGAUGUCUGGCCAGCCUGAUGAACGCGUCUCAUUAGUCUGAUAAUAGCCGGCCUUGUACAGCCCAACGUUCUGGUAAUGGCUCGUUCGCUGCUGAAAAAAUGGACAUAACAAUUUCAGUAGACUAUGUUGUAUACUGUUUCCGCAUAAAAUGAACGUGUAAUGCACCAAAAGCAUCAUUUUUCAUUUGAAAAUAAUCCCCAAACAUCAGGUGUGUAGUUUCUUUUGUUCGCCAGUUUACAUAAGAUGUACUGAAGCUGUUGAUGAGAUGUAUAUUUGCCUGUUGAACAACGUGCCUCUGGUGGAAACAAUUGUAAAUUACAUUAUAAAACGAAUAUUAACACUAGAUACAUGUCCUGCUACUUAUGUUGAAGAGUUUAACAUACAUAAUGCUUAGCUUGCUUAAACGAGAUCUAUAAAAAACAGAAGUAACUGAUUCAGUUAAUCAACUCGUUAAGUGCCCGUAACGUGGUGAAACUUCCAGCAGCUGGAACUGAAGCUGGGAAUCUACUGACAGUCAACACCACAAACUUGGCGCGUUUCCGUUCAUAUGACUGUGUGCAUAUUUUAUGACUGCUUCCAAUUAUAUUUGCCGAGUUCUGUUAGUUUCACUCGGAAACAAUUAUUUUCAGGUGAACAUAAUCAUAAACCAGGUUUGUAUGUAACGCAGUCUGUCCCUGUCUAUUACCUACAUCCUUAAUUAAAGGUAAGUGUAGCAGGUUGAUACAUACACACCUGUAUGUCACGUAUUAUGUCACUGUCUGUUACCUACGUCCUUAAGCAAGUGCAGCAGGUUGAUACAGACACACCUUUCCUUUACAGCUGCUUGUUCUAACCGAGGCCAAGGAUGUUUGGAGCCCCCUGCAGUCGACAGUGUGGAGGUGGGCUCAGCAAGAGUGGGUGUGAGGUGGGGAGCGUCUGCAACACGUCCGUAAAAUACAGGGUCUGUAAUCGACAGAAGUGUCUGAAGGACGGGUCCACCCGUAGAGAGGAACAAUGCCGUAGCUACAACAAGAUUCCAUUCCACGGCUCCCUGCAUUCAUGGAUUCCGGUUGGCAAACCACAAUCACCCUGCGCCCUUAUCUGUAGGAGUAACGGCAGUAAAGACAAGGUCACUGUCAAGUUCAAGGACACCGUUGGCGACGGGACAAGUUGUGGCAACAACAGCAUCUGCAUAGCUGGUAAAUGUCUGGAUGUUGGCUGUGACGACAUAGCUGGGUCGGGGGCCGUGGCAGAUGUCUGCGGUGUGUGUGACGGUGACGGGACAAGCUGCAAGCAGGGUUCACAAGGAAACAAGCCCAGCUACCAGUGGGAGGUGAACUGGGUGCCUUGCUCUGUGACGUGUGGUACAGGACACCAGAAGAUGGUAUCCAAGUGUAAGGACACCCACACUUACGAGGUAGUGGCCGACAGUCUGUGUCGGAAGUCACUCCGCCCCAAGGACGUGUCAGUCAAGUGUACCCUGAGGGCCUGCUCCAGCGCCAAGAAGCAGGUUCUCUGGCUGACGGGAAUCUGGUCUCCGUGCCCUGUGACGUGCGGGGUGGGGUACAAGUACCGUAACGUCAUCUGUAAGCACCAAGGGAGGGGCAGAUGCUCCUCAUGGAACAAGCCCCCCACCAGAGUCAUGUGUAACACUGGUGUGUCCUGCAACCCAAUCAAAGGCGGCCAAGACAGUUACCAAAGCGACGAUUGGAGGCGUGGGGAUGUAGGCCUGCAGUCUCUCAACCCAUCCAUAAGAAGCAGGAAUGAGGGGAGACCACUCACACCCAGGUUCCUAGCCGGGGACUGGAGUGUGUGCAGUGUGACGUGUGGGACAGGAGUGAGGACUCGGACGGUCACGUGUAAGGUCUACUUCGACAUCACCGCCAAGGUGGAAGCAGUCCCUGACUCACAGUGCUAUGGCAAGAAGCCACCUGUGAAGGAGGAGUGUGUUCUACAAGCAUGUCGGGAAAAGGAGGUAUCUCCGGGGGUCACAGGAUUUAACGAGAUCUUCAGUCCCGAGGAAACCUUCCGAUGGGAGCUGGGGAACUACUCCACAUGUACCCAGAGCUGUCUCCGAGGAACGCAGAGAACCAGACUGGAGUGCGUCAGGGAGAAAAAUGGCGCCAUUGUGUCAACAUCCAAUUGUCUGCAUCUGAUCAAGCCAACCACCAAGAUCAGGAGCUGUAAUGACGUCCCGUGUCCACCCAGGUGGUUAACUGGUGAGCACGGUCCCUGCACUGCUGAAUGUGGAGGUGGCGUCCAGCGGCGUACUGUAAGGUGUGUCCAGGACGCUGGGACCGACAUGACUGAGACUAUUCCAGACUACCGGUGUGCUGACCCCAUCCCCAUCUCGGAGCAGAGCUGUAACACUCAGUUCUGUCCAGCACAGUGGCAGACGGGGAACUGGACGGAGUGUACAGUGACGUGUGGUCCAGGCAUCCAGACACGACGAGCGUAUUGCAUCAAAGCUCCAUUCCGGGGUCACAAGGUCAUGGUUGCUGACACUGAGUGCAUGGGUCCUCGUCCAAUGACAACUCGAGAAUGUCAGAUGAGCGAAUGCUUUCCUGGAGCAUCUACAUCACCGGUCAUCAAGUCAGAGAACUAUACCUUUAUACAGUUUAAAAGGUCAAAGCGGGUCAAGGUCACUGUGGGAGGUCGACUUGUCCUUCUUCCAGGUCAAUCUGUGACUGUAAGGUGUCCAGUUAAGAACUAUCAUCGGCGCCUUCUGUUCUGGAGCAAAGGUUUCAAGCUGAUACCUAUGGCUGGACGGGUAAGAACAACCUUCAUGGGGAACUUGAAGAUUAAGAAAGCCAAUCCAAGUACUGAUUCUGGCACAUACACUUGCAUGGCUGGGCUCGAAAGUGCCGACAUCAUCAUAGAGUUCCAGACAAAAUCUGCUGCUCAGAAGAAGGCAAAGGCAAUGAAGAAAUAUUUAGGGGAGAAGGCAAAGCUACAGAAUUUAGUUCUGAAGCCAGAAUCAGACAUUGUAUCUGCAGCUCGCAUUACUGACAAUGGUUUAGUGAGCGAUCCUCAGUUGAAUAUAUCCAAAAAGCUUGUGUUCACUACCGGGGAGUGGUCACCAUGCUCUGUGACAUGCGGCUCUGGAAACCAGCGUCGUGACGUCAUGUGUGCUAGAGUCACGUACAAAUAUGUGAAGAUCUUACCAGACAGAGAGUGUAUAAAAUGGGGAUCGGCCAAACCAGAGACAGUGAGGAAAUGUUCCCUGCAAGCUGAUUGUCCACUCUGGAAAACUGCAAAGUGGUCCAAGUGUUCAAUCAACAGCUGUGUUCGAGAUGGGUUUGCUCAGAGGAAGCGAGCUGUGGACUGUGUAUACAGCAACGGGACUGUAGCUCAGCUGGAGGUGUGUCGGGCAGAAGACAAGCCUGAACACAAGCAGGAGUGUGUCAAGCUGGACUGUAUGUCCUUGUGGCUAACAUCUGCAUGGAGUGAGUGUCGGCCCUUCUGA